ACACCGGCAGCGGACCGUGGACGCAUGAAGGAUGAAUGAACUUUAAAUCUGCCCCACAACUUUCACUGCCUCUCUCUCUCUCUCUCUUUCUUUCUCUCUCUCUCUCUCUCUCUCUCUUUCUCUGUCAGUCUCUCUCUCUCUCUCUCUCCCUCCUCCGCUGCUCGCUGCUCCACAGGCGAAAACCAAGAAGAAGAUCUCGACAAUGGAUUUACUGCAAUCACGAUCCUACAGUGACUGAUCAGAUCUUUUUCUUUCUUGCGCGGAUGCCCAUUAGCGUCGCGAGUCGAGAUGAUGGCAUCAAUAGGGGAAUUCGAUCCUCUCAACACCAGAGUCCCUGCAACUAAAAUAGAAGUUACCGUAUCAUGCCGGAGUCUACUGGAUGUAGAUACAUUCUCCAAGUCAGAUCCUGUGGUCGUGCUGUAUUUGCAGGCUGUGGGAACCAAAGAGUGGAGGGAGUUUGGCAGGACAGAGGUAAUCGAUAACACUCGGAACCCAGAUUUUGUCAGGAAGUUUGUCCUGGAUUUCUUCUUUGAAGAAAAACAAAAUCUAAGGUUUGAUGUGUACAAUGUGGACUCCAGAAGCUGUAACAUUUCCAAACAUGACUUUCUGGGCCAGACCUUCUGUACCCUUGGAGAAAUCAUUGGCUCCACAGGAGGACGGCUGGAGAGGACUCUCUCUGGGAUUCCAGGAAAGAAGUGUGGAGUCAUUAACUUAACUGCAGAAGAGCUCAGUAACUGCAGGGACAUUGCUACCAUGCAGUUGUGUGCCAACAAGCUGGACAAAAAAGACUUUUUUGGCAAGUCAGACCCCUUCCUGGUUUUCUACCGGAGUAACGAGGAUGGAACGUUCACCAUCUGCCACAAGACAGAGGUGAUCAAGAACACACUGAACCCAGUGUGGCAGCCCUUCACCAUCCCUGUUAGAGCUCUCUGCAACGGCGACUAUGACAGGACUGUGAAGGUAGAUGUGUAUGACUGGGAUCGAGAUGGAAGCCAUGACUUCAUUGGCGAGUUCACCACCAGCUACAGAGAGCUGUCUCGGGGGCAGAACCAGUUCAAUGUCUAUGAGGUUUUAAAUCCCAAGAAGAAAGGCAAAAAGAAGAAAUACAUCAAUUCUGGGACUGUAACUCUGCUGUCCUUCAAAGUGGAGUCCGAGUACACCUUUGUGGAUUUCAUCCGAGGAGGAACACAGCUGAACUUCACAGUGGCUAUAGACUUUACAGCAUCCAAUGGUAACCCAUCUCAGCCCACCUCUCUCCACUAUAUGAGUCCCUACCAGAUGAAUGCAUAUGCCAUGGCCUUGAAAGCAGUGGGUGAGAUUAUCCAGGACUACGACAGUGACAAGCUCUUCCCUGCCUACGGCUUUGGAGCUAAGCUGCCCCCUGAUGGCAAAAUCUCCCACGCAUUCCCACUGGGUGGUGACAAUGAUAAUCCAAACUGUGUGGGUAUAGAGGGGGUUCUGGAGGCCUAUUUCCAGAGCCUGAGGACAGUGCAGCUAUAUGGACCAACCAACUUUGCACCUGUUAUCAACAAAGUGGCACACUGUGCAGCAGAGAUUACAGAUGGCUCUCAGUACUUUGUCCUGUUGAUGAUCACAGAUGGAGUGAUAUCUGACAUGGUCCAGACCAAAGAGGCUGUGGUCAAUGCAGCAUCACUCCCACUGUCCAUAAUCAUCGUAGGUGUUGGGCCUGCUGAGUUUGAUGCUAUGGAGGAGCUGGAUGGAGAUGAGGUGAGAGUAUCCUCCAGAGGACGUCUUGCUGAGAGAGACAUUGUACAGUUUGUUCCAUUUAGAGACUACGUGGACAGAUCUGGCAACCAAGUCCUCAGCAUGGCCCGGCUGGCUAAAGAUGUCCUCGCCGAGAUCCCCGACCAGCUGCUGUCUUUUAUGAAGAGCCAAGGAAUUGAACCGCGGCCGGCCCUCUCCACCUCGCCGCUUCCGCAGCUACACCAACACAUCUGACCCUGACACAGCGGCCACUCGUCUCUGCCUCUCCAUCCUGACUCCCUCUCCACCUUUCUGCUUAUCCACGCGCACCUCCUGCACGGUUAUUCGUCACUCAUAAAGGAGCAGAGGGAUCGACCUGUGACUUGCCCUCUCCUCUCUUAUCACUGGUGAAACUAAACAGGCACAUCACAGCAAAGCAGCGGGCGCUCAUCCCUGACUUUCCUCUCUAACUCACCCUGUUAUGUACCAUUACUUUUCAUUUAUUUUAUGAAAGAACAGUGAGACUGAACCAUGACUGACCCCUCUCCUCCCCACUGACUGCAAACAUACGGUUCAUAGCUUGACUUUCUGAAUUUGUCUUUGAAUCCCCCUCACCAGACACUUGUUUGCACAAAAAAAGUUUUUACACGUGUCCUAUCCUCAGCCGUGUUGACACUUCUUACAUUUGGCAGGAGUCCCAGGAAAUGCAAGACACUAAAUUUAAUUAAAACGAGUCCCUAAAUGAAAGCAGAGUGCAUGAUGAGCAAUAUAUGCCAGCUUACAUCAAGUGCUUUGGGGCUUUUGUUUUGACUGUAAUUUAUUGGAGUAAUUGGAGACCAUGAGGACAGGUGUUUUGAUUUAUACUUUCCCAUCCUCAUUAUCAUCAAGCUACACAUUCAUGUGUGUAGAAAGCUGUGCCAAAUCUCUUGAAAUUAAAAGAGAGAAAAAAUUAGUUCAACCCAAACAUAAUCAGCCUCUGAUGUGGACGUCACAUGGAGAGUAGCAGACAAGUGUUGGCAAGUCUAGUGUGGGGUUCCGGUCACAUGUUCAUUACUGCUAAACACACACAGACACAUGCACCGAGACAAACACACACAGUCCUCUGUCUGCCAUGCCACACCCACCCUCUUUGCCCAGCGUGGGCUGUUGCCGGGUGCAGAUUCCCCUCCUGCUGUUAGAGAAAUGCCAGUUUCCCUGGCUGCCCUGCUGAGAGGAGGAGGAUGGAAGGAAGGAAGGAAGAGGCAGGGAGAAGAGAAGAAGACAGGUGAGGGAGUUAAAUAAGGAGAAUGAAGGUGCAAGAGAGCAAUAAAAAAACAGUGUGGAGGAAAGAGACAGAGAUGGACAAGGAAAGGAUCAGAAACAGACGGAGCCAGGUGAGAGUGUGAGAUGGUAUUAAAGAGGAAGACUAAUAGCUCAGGCUUCAGUUGGGGGGUUUUCUCUAUCUGAUAAGUCUUUGUAUGCAUAUUUUUGGGGAAGGAGAUCUAAAUGAUGGAUAAAUGCACAUUUUCCAAAAAGCAAUAUACCUGACUCCCAGUGUAAUGUUCACCCUAUGCAUGUCCCUCCCUCUCCCCUGCCAUGACUUGACAUUUUGUUCCCAGGCAGGUUCUCAAACACAGAGCUGUGUACAAAGUGGGCAAAGUGUGCCACCUAGUGCUCAUCCUUUGUAUAGCAGGGUCUCUUUAUUAUGCAUGACUUCUGUACAUCAUAUACUAACUCACACAGCACAUACGCAUGACUUGAUGCAACUGUCCUUACUCACCAAGCUCAGCAGUAAAGUCAAGCAUCCCAGUAGUUCAAAUAACAAGUUGAUCGUAAAGAACUACAAACUCCGACACUUCUAUGUUCUUAUGUGAAAUGUGACAGUCACUUUUGAAGACGUUUCGUUCAUAUCAGUGUAAUGAUGGUGGCUUAGAGGGGUGUUUACGCUGUUUUAUGUGUCACUGUUGUGCAAGUAUAUUCAUUCUUUUUUAUUACUUUGUACAAUAAUUAGUUUAAUUGUCAAGUUUUUUGCAUGUUGCGGAAAAAAUGCGUGUUUUGUUCAAGUGGGUGUUGUCAAAAAAAAAGAGAGAAAUAUAUCUCUAAGUAAUAUGCAUUUCACUCGUGUCAUUGUACAUUUUCAGCUGUCGUUUUCAGAACUAACUUGUGUGUCUGCAGUGUCUUGCAGAAACCUAAAUUAAACUUAUGAAUUUCC